GUGUGCGGCUGGUUGGACUCACUCGGUUCGAACAUGGCCGAGAUGGAGACGCAGAGCUCCGGGACGGAGGACGGCUUCACUCCCGUCACGCGCAGAGGGAGCCGGCGGGCGAAGAAGCGACAGGCCGAGCGGCCGUCAGAGGCAGGACAGGACGGAGAUGCCAGCAGCAUGGACACAGAGGAGGCGCGGCCGGCGAAGAUGCCGAUCUUCCCGCCCCUCUCGGGCGAGCGGCUCCUGGCCGAUAAAGAAGAAACGAGAAGGAUUCCCGUCCCCGCUAACAGAUACACACCAUUAAAAGAGAACUGGAUGAAGAUAUUUACUCCGAUAGUGGAACAUUUGGGGCUUCAGAUACGCUUUAACCUGAAAUCAAGAAAUGUAGAAAUCAGGACUUGUAAAGACACCAAGGAUGUCAGUGCCCUGACCAAAGCGGCCGACUUCGUGAAGGCCUUUGUUCUCGGAUUUCAGGUGGAGGAUGCACUCGCACUUAUCAGGCUGGACGACCUCUUCCUGGAGUCUUUUGAGAUAACCGAUGUUAAGCCCUUAAAAGGAGACCACCUGUCAAGGGCAAUAGGAAGAAUUGCUGGCAAAGGAGGAAAAACCAAAUUUACCAUAGAGAAUGUGACACGGACGCGGAUUGUUUUGGCAGAUGUGAAAGUUCACAUUCUCGGCUCUUUCCAGAACAUCAAGAUGGCGAGAACUGCCAUUUGCAACCUUAUCCUAGGAAAUCUUCCAUCAAAGGUGUAUGGCAAUAUCCGAGCAGUGGCCAGCAGAGCAGCGGACCGGUUCUGAUUCUCCUCCGACCCUUGAGAUGCACACAUAAAACCAGGGGAUGAUCUCCCAGCUGCCUACAGCUCAGGUUCCUUUUCACGUCUCAGCCAGAGCAGAAGCAGAAAGAAGAGGUUUAACAGGACUUGUACUCCGCUGCUUCUAGGAUAAUUUAAAUAUCAAAAUGUAAUACUUGUAAUACUUAAUACAUUAAGUAUAAAUUGCUGUAUUUUUCCCUUAAUCCCAUGUGGCAGAUUCACAGUUUAAAAUCCUGUCAUUUACAGGCAACUUUGUAAUUUGUCAUUUACAGACAGAUUUGUAAAUAAAAUUACAGCAUUUUUUUCUCUGAAAAUUUUCAUUAAAAUCUCCGAAGACUUGUGAA